CCAAAAGGCUCUCUCCCUCUCCUCUUCAGCGUUCGGCAAGCAGCAAUUAAAUACCACCACGCACCACCCUUCAAAACCGCGUAGAAACACCGCGCGACACAAACCCGAUCGGGCAGGCAGCCACCGCCACUCCACCGCACGGCACCCACACCGCCACGCGCAGCAGCUUCAGCAGCAGCAGCAGCUUGUGCGCGCGCGCGACGCGAGACACGGUCGGCGCGGGCGCGGCGUCCUCGACUCGACAGUCGACAUGAACACCGCGAACGGGCACGGGCUGAUGCACCACCACCACCACCACCACCACCACCACCACGUCCAGGCGUCCAUGCCUCCGGCGCCGCUGCCACCGGCGGCGCAGCACCAGAAGCAGCAGCGGCCGCCGGGACUGCCGCCGACGCCGCCUUCCGCGCCCGCCUCCCACUCUCAGUCUCUGCACGCCGACAGCAUGUGCAUGGACGACAGCUCGGCGCCGGCGGGGCGCGCGGGAGGGCUGCCACCGCGGAAGGCGCACCGCAGGUCCCGCAGCGACGUCGCCUACGGGUACUUCCAGCCGCUGCCGCCGCCGUCGCCCAAGAUGGAGGCCGCAGGUGGGUGGGUCCUUGCCCCCGCCGCUGCCGGCGCCGGCGGCGGUGGCGACGAUCUGUUCAAUGCGUACAUGAGCAUGGAGGGUAUGGACGGGCUGAACAACUCCGACGGGGAUAGUCGCGGGAGCAGCGGCAUGCGCACCAACGGAGCCGACAGCAGCGAGAACGAGUCCGAGGACUACGGCGGCGGCGGCGGCGGCGACAGCCAGUUCCUCCUCUGGGGCGGCGACGGUGGUGGCAAGAAGAAGAGGAAUGCCUCUGGAGAGCCCGCCGCCGCGCCGGCUCCGCCGCCCGCGAGGCACGCCAGGAGCCAUUCCAUGGACAGCAUCAUGGGGAAGCUGAGCUUCUCGUCCGCCAAUGGGGAGCCCGGCAAGUUCAGCCUCGAGUUCGGUGGCGGCGAGUUUACCCCCGCCGAGAUGAAGCGGAUCAUGGCCGACGAGAAGCUCGCCGAGAUGGCCAUGGCCGACCCCAAGCGCGUCAAGAGGGUUCUCGCCAACAGGCAGUCGGCGGCGCGGUCCAAGGAGCGGCGGAUGCGGUACAUCGCGGAGCUCGAGCAGAAGGUGCAGAUCCUGCAGACGGAGGCCACCACGCUGUCCGCGCAGCUCACUCUGCUACAGCGCGACUCGGCGGGGCUCGCCACGCAGAACAACGAGCUCAAGUUCCGGCUGCAGGCAAUGGAGCAGCAGGCGCAGCUGCGUGACGCUCUGAACGAGGCUCUAACAGGUGAAGUCCAGCGCCUGAAACUCGGCGACACAGGCUCGUCCGGCAAUAAUCUAUCCCAGCAAAUGCAGCUCCGUUGCCAGAACAACCAGAUGGUGGAACUGAACAAACAGCAGCAACAGGGUGAGCAGAUACCCUUCUACCAGCUGGAGCAGAACGGCGCGUCAAGGAACCAUGAGCCUAAAUGAGGAUGGUACCUCAGCUACCUGCACUGGGUGAUUAUACAGAAAAAAAAAAACCUUAGUCCCAUAGAUGAUAUGGAAAUUAAGUUUCCUAACCCAUUUAUCUUGAAGCUGUGAUCUCGUUUAUACAGUAGUAUACUAUGUUUGUUGGGCCGGCAGGGACCCCGUACGUUUCUGAAUGUUUUUUAUGUUCUUCUCAGAACCAUGGUUGUCGCUGGAGUUGUCAUAGCUGGUGAAAAAUGUAAUGAAUUCAAAUUCUUUUGUAGUACUGUCAUUUAUGAAUUCGUUUGGGCACACUGUUAUUAUAA